AUGGCCUCCAUUUUGUGUCUUGCGCAUUAUUGCGACACUCAUGGACCAACCCCGCUGAUGGUGACCGAGGGGCUGCCCGUAGGUUGCACAUCGUGUUUCGAAAGCCAAAGCCGGAGCAAGGGCAAGGGCAAGAGCUCGCGCCGACCCAGCAGCUCUAGAUCUCUGAAUCCUGCAGAUGGCCUCGCAGCGAUUACCCAAGGUGCCAACAGGAACAAUUCAGUUCUGUCAGAGAGGGCCGGUGACGAGCUUCCAACGUCCCCAACCCCAAGCGCAACCCCAAUUUCACAGAUUGCGAUCGAGACGCCGCCAGAGAGUCCACGAGCUGUAGCAUUGGGUAUGACCAGACGGAACUCAAGCUUCAGCAAGACAUACGAUGAGAAUGACAAGAAGAAAUCUGCGCCCUGCGAAAAUUGCAGGCUCACUCUGCCAAAGGCAACAAAUGAAGGAGUUACGACGAAUUCAAUCGACACCAAUGCCCCAAUAUUCCGAACGCGCAAACCAUAUGAGCGAGUCAGCGUACCUUCACCUUCACCUCCAACCUCCGUCUCCUCUUCCCAGUCCUCCGACUCCGACAAUGCCAUCUCAAGCAGGCCCUCCCACCACAGAACGCGCUCCAGAACAAUCGUCCGAGUUGGUACGUCCUCGAGCGACUCCUCCUUCUUGGUGACCUCCCACGAGCACUACCUAGACUACACCUCCACCCACGAACCACUGGCGCCCACCUCCUUCUCUCUCGUCCGGCAAUCCUGUCUGCGCACCCUCUCCUGUGAGACACUCCCCCCAUCCCCCAACACGCGCACCUCAUCGCCUACAUCUCCCUAUAUCAACACUCCAUUCUCCCCUGGCCCGUCCUCUUCGACCUCGAUGUCCGGCGGCCCCAUCUUCUUCGGCGAUUCCAUGGCUGGCUACACUACCGCCUUCGUCUUUCGUAUCCCAGACCCAAAUGCGCGUGGUCGGCGCAGAGUCUACGCCCUGAUAGCGCUCAGCACGCACCGCGAGCGCGUUGCUAUGCAGAGCUUCUCGUUCUUCUCCGACCGCUUCCCCAAGAUCGCUGCAUGGAUCCAGUCCUUGGCCGAGGGGGCUGCUUCCACUGGCGACCCUGAUAGUCCUCAAAUAAGCGGUAGCGAGGGACACAGCAAUUACAGCACGCCUACGUCGUCUUUCUUGAGUGGUAGGAAUCGCGGCGCAGAUGGCAGAUACGCGGGGAUGAGCCUGCGGGCGAAGGGACUGGCGGAGCUGGUGGGCAUGCCAGAUUUCUUCCUGGAGCUGCAUGCUGUGUUUGUGCGGUUGUUGGUGGAGCUCAACGUUCUUCUUGGACUCUGA